AGCAUACUCUCACGGACAUUGUUUGUUCAACACAGUCACGUUGUAUUUAGGAGCAUUUUUGGAUGACGAUAUGGUACUUACGCUGAGAAUUCCGCUCAGCAUGUUAACGUGCAGAGAUAGCAUAUUUCAGACAAUAAAAUCAACUUGUGAAAAUACACUAGCAUACUUCAGACGAGAGUCGCCUCGUUAUUUUUGAAGAAUUAAACUUUUAGCGAUAAUUGGGCGUUGCUACACUUUGAUUUCAGUGUUCGCUUUGAAUAGACUUAAUUCGCUAUGCGUUGCAAUCAUUUCGGCGCACGGCGGGUGUGUACUCGGCAUUUCGGUUGUCUUUUUUAUUUGUUUGUUUAGUUUACUUGCGUAUCGCGAUCGGUUGGAAUACUUUAAACACGCGCUCCUGUGUCUUGUUCAGUGCUAACAUCAACAUAAAAACAAGCAGAAAGUACUCUUAUCACAAUGCCACUGGAGGGCGUAGAAAAAGCAUUGCAAGAAAAUCAGCCUUUCACAGCGGAACAACUGCUCCGGGAAGCAUAUGAUCAGAAGGGUGCAGCAGAUAUUUUCUAUCAGGUGAUACGGAAUGGAUCUGUGCCGGCUUUCAAGUUGCUCCUGACGAUGAACAUCUGUAACGACACGGAAACAUUUCUGCAAUGUUCCAACGCUAUGAUUGAGCUGGGUGUUAAAAAUGUAUCAAUUUCUUGGGAGAUGAGUCAACAUCUACUGUAUCGAAUCUCCUCGUACGGACUGCGCAAUUUGAGUGGCGACCCCGUUGUUACCAAAUCUGAAAGCUAUUGGAAAGAAUCAAUUGCCCUGAUAAGCCGGUGGGUUCACGAGCUACGGAAGCGGGGGAAAUGGUACGAGUUUCUGGCAGUGGACGAUGAAGUGAUGUUCCGCAUAGCAAUGAUCCAUAACCAGCUGUAUUUCAUUAAGAAUCAUCCCGCCCUGUUGCGACUGCCGCUGAAGGAAUUAAUUUUUUGUUUGGCAGUGUUCAUACAUAUUUUUAGCGAAAUUCCUGGAAGUUUCGCGUUCAGAACAGUGCUCAACAAAAGAAAUGUGAUGCAGUUUUUAAUUGCCAUUGUGGCGCAUCUUGAGAGAAUAAGGCAACAAGAAGAAGAAAAAGGGCGUGGAGAAAUGAGGAAAACAAAACCAAAGAAGAUGCACGUUAUGAAAAAGUUGCUGAAGACUUAUCGCAGAACUAAACACAUUUACACGACGUUCAAAGUAAUUCUCGGUGCGCAAAUAUACAGACAGUUUAGUGACAAGGAUUAUGAACGCGCCAAUGCUCCAACGACAGUUGCCGCCAUGAAACGGUUCAUACAAAUAUUUGGAGAAGCGAUCAAAAAUACCGCAGACAGUCCUAAUCUGUCCACGAAGUUGCACAACACCCUCUACGGUAUGCUGUCAGAGUCGAUCUCAUUGAAUUCGAAGUAUAGGAAUUUCUCCAGUCACGGAUUUCCCCUUUCUUAUCUGUACGUUCGGGACACUGAGCAAAUAUUCUACUACAAAAAUUUACCUGAUUACAUUUUUCUAAUCGAGGUGUCGAUGCAGAUCCUUUGUGUGUACACUUUACACGACAGCAUGCGUUAUCAGUACGGGAUGAUGAGACGAUGUCGUUCGAUCGAGGAUUUGCGUGCCCUCAUCGUGUACGCUUGUGGAAAUGAAAUAUCGGAUCUCCAGGAGUUUUUGUUCAAGCGAAUUACGUCUUUUCUAAGUUUGGUCAAAAAUGAUCUGAAGGAGGCUGAAGGGGAUCCUUUGUCCGAAGCAGAACGUAAAGAUUUGGCGGAUGCUUGGGAUAAUCUUAAUCAAAAAGUAGUUCUGGUUGAGGAAUUGCGCAAAAUGCAGUUUCAUCGGACAAGUGCUGUAACAGAAAUCAUCGCUUUUGCCAAUGGUAACAUCAGCUCGAUUCACCGUUUGCUGGAUUUGAAAUUCACAGACAGUUCGAGUUCACGUGAUGUCUUCACGAAAAUUAUUGACAAUUGGGAGACACUCUCCCCGCCGGCUUUCCUGAGUAAGGAUUACCGGGGGACUAUCGUGCAAUCAUAUGUGCAUAGACGACUCGAGCUGGAGCACGACCAUUCCGAAGAGUGGAGAUACCGAGAGAAGAGUCGAGAGAUUUUUGAGUUCUUUAUGAGCGGUUCGAAUCUGGAUGGAGACACUCUCCGGAGAUUAGAGGACGAAUUGCACACAGUGUUGUGUAAGUCUCAAAAUGGGUACUAUUUGAACAUUUUCGAUUUAAACUGCAAAGCGCAUGCCAAUAAACUCACGCUGAAGGAAGCCUUUACUGGACCGAAGAAAUCAAAAGAAUUCAAACAACGAAAGCUUGAAUUUAAGUCCAAGUUGGCAGAACUUCGAAGGCAGGAUGAAAUACAAUUACGGGAAAUAUUUCAAACACUAAUAAGUAACAUUCGUCAAUCAUUUUUGCAAUACGGCUGUGACAACAUCGACAAUUUUAUCCAACACCGAAACACAAUACCGCUAAAGGCCCAUUUUGCCAUUCAGUAUUGGCAGCUGCAGGUUAUGGAAAUAUUGUGUGGAACCGGCUUUUUCGGGGAUAAUUUCAUCACUUAGACAAAGUCACUGCCAAUGAUGUGGGGUAGCUCCUACCGAAACUAUCUUGCCCAUGAUUCUCUUUCGUACCAUUUACUAACUUCCAACGAACCGGUAGAUAGUCUCGUUAAUGGAUUUGUUCUAGCUUGGGAAUGUGA